AAUUGUCACUGAAAAGAUCAAAUAAUUUUAAAAUAGGUUCUUAACCUAAACAUGGAGUCAUGCUAGUUACAAACACAACAGUGUAAAGGAAGAAGACGAAGUAACAAAAUCAACGCAUUCACAUCAAAAUGCAAGCUUUGAAGCAAUUGAUACGACGACGUUCCUAUCCAAGAGAUUCGAUUUUGGCUUCCAUACCCACCGCGCAACCCGAUAAUUUCCAUCAUUCAUUCCCUUCUCAUCAUUUGUCUCGCCUCACCCCCAAACGCUUCCUCGAUUGGCCCCAGUUUAGCAAUAAGGAAGCAAUUGCAAAGGAGCGAGCUCGAAUAAAUGAUGAAAUGAAAAGGGGAUAUGUUGCUGAUUUAGCUGAGAUCAAGCAACAUGGCGGUAAGGUUUCUGUAGCUAAUAAAGUGAUUAUACCGGCAAUGAUGGCUGUGAAAUUUCCUGAUAUCCAAGUCAGCUUCCCAGAUGGUAAAACAAUGAAGCUUCCCAUUCGUAUUUCUGAUAAUGCAGUUGAUUCCGAGAAAUCAUCUGUCCCAAAGGCAUCUUUGGUUUGUCUUUCUUUCCGAGGAUAUUCUGAGAAAAUGAUCGAUUCUUGGAGCGUGCCUUUUGCUAAAACAUUCAGUAACUCGAAAGAUACUCAUUUAUAUAAGGUAUCAUUUAUAGAUUCAUGGUUUUUAUGUCUACCUCCUAUAAAACAUUUCCUUCUGUGGACAAUCAAGAAACCUAAUCAAAAUGAAAACAAUAAUACACUUGAAGCGAGAAUGGUGUAUUCAUUUGGUGACCACUAUUAUUUCAGAAAAGAACUAAAAUUAGAGAAUCUCCUCACUGGGUAUGUCUUCCUACUAGAUAACUUUGGUAGGAUAAGAUGGCAGGGCUUUGGGAUGGCAACAGAAGAUGAAAUUUCUUCCCUUCUUUCUUGCACAUCACUUCUUCUAGAUGCGUAAUGAGGUGAAAGACUACACUCUUGUUCUGUAUUUUUCAGAAAUUUUGGGAUGUGAUAAACAAGGUUGGAUGAGAUUUUUCUGUUUUAAAUGGUGUGUUGAGACAUUUAUGAAGCAACUAUCUUGUGAGGGAGGAAAAUUGUAACCCAAGGAAGCUCUGUGAGGAUAAGUUGAAAUUCAUUCAAAUAAAAGCAUACACAAUUUUAGAAUAAUCAUAGGGUUGUUCUUGGCCUGAAGAUUAUCCCUGAGGAUGGAUCUUUUUUUUGUAAUGAUCACUUCAUAAUAUGGUUAAUGAAGAAGGUCACUUCUCUUAUGUCAACAAUAGAUACAGAAGUUUUUUUCCA